UCGUAUCGAGACACAAAAUCCGAGAACUACGAUCGUGUAUAUAUUAAUGUUAGAAGACCAUAAACCUGUCAUUUAAAUAUCGGGCACGGUCUGUAACAAUGUGCUGUGAGUUCCAAUAGUACUGAGCACUGUUCCCUCCUGCAUGUGCUGUGUGCUCCCCUCUGUCUUUGAUCACCCUCCAUAAAAGUCGUUCUUCCUUCUUUGUCCCACCAGCUCUCUAAAAAGUCAGAGUUGCAAAGAAAGCUAUAUAAAGAAACAAAAGCCCUACACAGUUUCUCAAUCCCUUUCUCGAUCGAUCUCUUUUUUUUUUCUUUGCCUAAAUUGUCUCAAGCUCACCAAACAUGUCUGACUCUACUGCAUCGUCUUCUUCUUCUCCUAAAUGGCUAUAUUCAUAUAUAAAGCUUCGCUUUUUCAAUCGCAUCCGGAGGUUCCUGCGCUCCAAGAAUAGUAACCGGAAGAGGAACACGACGUCGUCUGAUCCUCACCUCUUAAAUACGUCGAGCUUGAGACCGGUCAAGGUUAUGGUGAAGGAGAGCAGUAGUGAUCAUGAGGAUGAUGGUUUGGGGUUGCAGAGGGCGGUGAAGAAGCUUCACUUUGGGAGCUGGGAAGAGAAGGAGUUGGCGGCUGAGGAGAUUGGGACGUUGGCUAAGGAUGACGUCAAGGUGAGGAAAUUGGUAGGUGGACUCGGGAUUAUACCAGUGUUGGUGUCCAUGGCGGCGUCAGAGGUGGUUGAUCGCCGCCGAGUGGCCGUUUCCGCCUUGGUUCAGCUUGCCAAUGGAACUUACACGAACAAGGCUCUCAUGGUUGAGGCAGGAAUCUUCUCCAAACUACCAAAAGACAUCAACAUUCUCGAUGAGCCAACAAGGCAUCGAUUUGCAGAACUGCUCAUGUUGUUAUCUUCACUUGCAAAUACCCCAUUUCCUCUGCCCUCAUUGGAAAUUGUCCCGUUUCUAGUUGGCAUUCUAGAGUCAGAUUCGAGCAAUGUCGAAACCAAACAGUCAUGUUUGGGUACACUUCACAACCUAUCCACCAUGUUGGACAAUGCAGGAGAUUUAGUCUCCAAUGGUGUAGUGGACACACUCUUGAAAUUGUCUUCCGAUAAAGAAAUCUCCGAGAAAGCUCUUGCAACAUUGGGGAACUUGGUUGUGACCUUAAUGGGGAAGAAGGCUAUGGAAAAUAGUCCUCUGGUCCCAGAGAGUUUGAUAGAAAUUUUGACAUGGGAUGAAAAACCCAAAUGCCAGGAACUUUCAAGCUACAUUCUAAUGAUUUUAGCUCAUCAAAGCUCAGACCAAAGAGCGAAAAUGGCCAAGUCUGGAAUUGUGCCUGUACUUCUUGAAGUGGCAUUAUUGGGUAGCUCUCUAGCUCAGAAAAGAGCGCUAAAACUGUUGCAGUGGUUCAAGGACGAAAGGCAAGCGAAAAUGGGCCCCCAUUCCGGGCCUCAGACUGCAAGGUUCGCAUUCGGUUCACCUGUGAAUCCACUGGAGGCUCAACAAGGGAAGAAGAUGAUGAAGAAUUUGGUGAAACAGAGUUUACAUAAGAAUAUGGAGAUGAUAACGCGGCGGGCGAGUGCUUCUGGAGACUCUUCUAAGAUUAAGGCUUUGAUUAUUAGCACAAGCUCUAAGAGUUUGCCUUACUAAGUGAAGAUAUACAGAGUUUUAGUCGACAUACUCCCUCAUAUUUCAGAGAUUAGCAUGCAUAGAGAACUUGAGAAGUGCUAUUGGUUAUAAAAAGCAUGUGAUGGUCUCUCCAUGAAUUGAAUUCCUUGAAAGCGAAAAUUGCAUGUCUUGUGCAUGUACCUUGUGACAAUUGUACAUCGUGUGAAGAAGAGGACAAAUCUUCUCCAGAUGGAUAACAAUAAUCCCUUGCUUGGGAUAUAAGGAAUAUAGUGACAAAAAUUCUUUGCA